UGAGUGUCAGAACGGAACGCUAAGGCAGAAACAGAGAGGAUGCUGUGGUCAUCCUUUCUUGUUUUUUAUUUUUUAGUGAUGAUGGAACACAUAUAAGAUUUUGCUUUCUGCUUUAGUCAAAAUUCUGAAGAACUGCUUUGGAGACUCUUCAACACACAUAUGGAUUCUGUGCUAUGAUUUACAAUUACCUUUAUUUCAGCACUUUCUUCUGCAAGGAGCUAAACAGUGACUAAAGCAGGAUGAAAAGAUGGCACAGUCAGUGCUGGUACCGCCAGGACCUGACAGCUUCCGCUUCUUUACCAGGGAAUCCCUUGCUGCUAUUGAACAACGCAUCGCAGAAGAGAAAGCGAAGAGACCCAAGCAAGAGCGCAAGGAUGAGGAUGAUGAAAAUGGCCCAAAGCCAAAUAGUGACUUGGAAGCAGGAAAAUCCCUUCCAUUUAUUUAUGGGGACAUCCCUCCUGAGAUGGUGUCAGAGCCCCUGGAGGACCUGGACCCGUACUACAUCAAUAAGAAAACAUUCAUAGUAUUGAAUAAAGGGAAAGCGAUCUCUCGGUUCAGUGCCACCUCUGCCCUGUACAUUUUAACUCCCUUCAAUCCCAUUAGAAAACUAGCUAUUAAGAUUUUGGUACAUUCUUUAUUCAAUGUGCUCAUUAUGUGCACCAUUCUUACCAACUGUGUAUUUAUGACAAUGAGUAAUCCUCCAGACUGGACAAAGAAUGUGGAGUACACCUUUACAGGAAUUUAUACUUUUGAAUCACUUGUAAAAAUACUUGCAAGGGGCUUUUGUUUAGAAGAUUUCACAUUUCUACGGGACCCAUGGAACUGGUUGGAUUUCACAGUCAUUACUUUUGCAUAUGUGACAGAGUUUGUGGACCUGGGUAAUGUCUCAGCGUUGAGAACAUUCAGAGUUCUCCGAGCAUUGAAAACAAUUUCAGUCAUUCCAGGCCUGAAGACCAUCGUCGGGGCCCUGAUCCAGUCUGUGAAGAAGCUCUCUGACGUCAUGAUCCUGACUGUGUUCUGUCUGAGCGUGUUUGCACUAAUAGGACUACAGCUGUUUAUGGGCAACCUGCGGAAUAAAUGCUUGCAAUGGCCCCCAGAUAAUUCUUCCUUUGAAAUAAACAUCACUUCCUUCUUUAAUUAUUCAUUGGAUGGGAAUGGUACCGCUUUCAAUAGGACAGUGAGCACCUUUAAUUGGGAUGACUAUAUUGAGGAUGAAAGUCACUUUUAUUUCUUGGAAGGGCAAAAUGAUGCUCUGCUUUGUGGCAACAGCUCAGAUGCAGGCCAGUGCCCAGAAGGAUACAUCUGUGUGAAGGCUGGUCGCAACCCCAACUAUGGCUACACGAGCUUUGACACCUUUAGCUGGGCCUUCCUGUCCUUAUUUCGUCUUAUGACACAAGACUUCUGGGAAAACCUUUAUCAACUGACACUGCGUGCUGCUGGGAAAACAUACAUGAUCUUUUUUGUGUUGGUCAUUUUCUUGGGCUCCUUCUACCUGAUAAAUUUGAUCCUGGCUGUGGUGGCCAUGGCCUAUGAGGAACAGAAUCAGGCCACCAUGGAAGAGGCAGAGCAGAAAGAGGCUGAAUUUCAGCAGAUGCUUGAACAGCUAAGAAAACAACAAGAAGAAGCUCAGGCAGCAGCUGCAGCAACAUCUGCUGAAUCCAGAGACUUCAGUGGAGCAGGCGGGUUAGGAGUUUUCUCAGAGAGUUCUUCAGUAGCAUCCAAGUUGAGCUCCAAGAGUGAAAAAGAGCUGAAAAACAGAAGGAAGAAAAAGAAGCAGAAAGAACAGUCUGGAGAAGAAGAGAAGGAAGACAGAGUCUGCAAGUCUGAAUCUGAAGACAGCAUUAGAAGAAAAGGCUUCCGUUUUUCCUUAGAAGGAAGCAGGCUGACAUACGAAAAGAGGUUUUCUUCUCCACACCAGUCUUUACUGAGCAUCCGUGGCUCCCUUUUCUCUCCAAGACGCAACAGCAGAGCAAGCCUUUUCAGCUUCAGAGGCCGAGCAAAGGAUAUUGGCUCCGAGAAUGACUUUGCUGAUGACGAGCACAGCACGUUUGAAGACAACGACAGCAGAAGGGACUCUCUGUUUGUACCGCACAGACAUGGAGAGCGGCGCCAUAGCAACGUCAGCCAGGCCAGCCGUGCCUCCAGGGUGCUCCCCAUUCUGCCCAUGAAUGGGAAGAUGCACAGCGCAGUUGAUUGCAACGGAGUGGUCUCUCUAGUGGGGGGCCCUUCAGCUCUCACGUCUCCGGCUGGACAACUCCUGCCAGAGGGGACAACUACUGAAACAGAAAUAAGGAAGAGACGGUCCAGUUCUUAUCACGUUUCCAUGGAUUUUUUGGAAGAUCCUACAGCAAGGCAAAGAGCAAUGAGUUUAGCAAGUAUUUUGACCAACACCAUGGAAGAACUUGAAGAAUCCAGGCAGAAAUGCCCACCCUGCUGGUAUAAAUUUGCUAACCUGUGUUUGAUUUGGGACUGCUGUAAACCCUGGUUAAAAGUGAAACAUCUCGUCAACCUGGUUGUGAUGGACCCAUUUGUUGACCUGGCCAUCACCAUCUGCAUUGUCUUAAAUACACUCUUCAUGGCCAUGGAGCACUACCCCAUGACGGAGCAGUUCAGCAGUGUGCUGUCAGUCGGCAACCUGGUCUUCACUGGGAUUUUCACCGCAGAAAUGUUUCUCAAGAUCAUUGCCAUGGAUCCCUAUUAUUACUUUCAGGAAGGCUGGAAUAUUUUUGAUGGUUUCAUCGUGAGCCUUAGUUUAAUGGAACUUGGUUUGGCAAAUGUGGAAGGAUUGUCAGUUCUUCGAUCAUUUCGGCUGCUCCGAGUUUUCAAGUUGGCAAAAUCCUGGCCCACCCUGAACAUGCUCAUUAAGAUCAUCGGCAAUUCAGUGGGGGCCCUGGGAAACCUCACCUUGGUGUUGGCCAUCAUCGUCUUCAUUUUUGCCGUAGUCGGCAUGCAGCUCUUUGGUAAGAGCUACAAAGAAUGUGUCUGCAAGAUCUCCAAUGACUGUGAGCUCCCACGCUGGCACAUGCAUGACUUCUUCCACUCCUUCCUGAUUGUGUUCCGCGUCCUAUGUGGAGAAUGGAUAGAGACCAUGUGGGACUGCAUGGAGGUCGCUGGCCAAACCAUGUGCCUUACUGUCUUCAUGAUGGUCAUGGUCAUUGGAAACCUCGUGGUUCUGAACCUCUUCCUGGCCUUGCUUUUGAGUUCAUUCAGUUCUGACAACCUUGCUGCCACUGAUGAUGAUAAUGAAAUGAACAAUCUCCAGAUUGCUGUGGGAAGGAUGCAGAGAGGAAUUGAUUAUGUUAAAAGAAAAGUACAUGAAUUUAUUCAGAAAGCCAUUGUUAGAAAGCAGAAAGCUUUAGAUGAGAUUAAACCUCUUGAAGAUCUGAAUAACAAAAAAGACAGCUGUAUUUCCAACCAUACCACCGUAGAAAUAGGCAAAGAUCUCAAUUAUCUCAAAGAUGGGAAUGGAACUACCAGUGGCAUAGGCAGCAGUGUAGAAAAAUAUGUCGUGGAUGAAAGUGAUUACAUGUCAUUCAUAAACAACCCCAGCCUCACUGUGACUGUACCAAUUGCUGUUGGAGAAUCUGACUUUGAAAAUUUAAAUACUGAAGAAUUCAGCAGCGAGUCAGAUAUGGAGGAAAGCAAAGAGAAGUUAAAUGCAACUAGUUCAUCAGAAGGCAGCACAGUUGAUAUAGGAGCUCCCGCUGAGGGGGAGCAACCGGAAGUGGAACCUGAAGAAUCUCUGGAACCUGAAGCCUGUUUCACAGAAGACUGUGUACGCAAGUUUAAGUGUUGCCAGAUUAGCAUAGAAGAAGGCAAAGGAAAACUCUGGUGGAACUUGAGAAAAACUUGCUAUAAAAUAGUGGAGCAUAACUGGUUCGAAACCUUCAUUGUCUUCAUGAUUCUGCUCAGCAGUGGGGCACUGGCCUUUGAAGAUAUAUAUAUUGAGCAGCGAAAAACAAUUAAGACCAUAUUAGAAUAUGCUGACAAAGUUUUCACUUACAUAUUCAUCCUGGAAAUGCUUCUCAAGUGGGUUGCAUAUGGUUUUCAAAUGUAUUUUACCAAUGCCUGGUGCUGGCUAGAUUUUUUGAUUGUGGAUGUCUCCUUGGUGAGCUUGACUGCAAACGCCUUGGGUUACUCAGAGCUUGGUGCCAUCAAGUCCCUCAGGACACUAAGAGCUCUGAGGCCACUGAGAGCCUUAUCCCGCUUUGAAGGAAUGAGGGUUGUUGUCAAUGCUCUUUUAGGAGCCAUUCCAUCCAUAAUGAAUGUACUUCUGGUUUGUCUGAUCUUUUGGCUAAUAUUCAGUAUCAUGGGAGUGAAUCUCUUUGCUGGCAAGUUUUAUCAUUGUAUUAACUACACCACUGGAGAAAUCUUUGAUGUAAGUGUGGUCAACAACUACAGCGAAUGUAAAGCCCUCAUAGAGAGCAAUCAAACUGCUCGGUGGAAAAAUGUGAAAGUAAACUUUGAUAAUGUAGGACUUGGAUAUCUUUCUCUGCUUCAAGUCGCCACAUUUAAGGGAUGGAUGGAUAUCAUGUAUGCAGCUGUUGAUUCACGAAAUGUAGAAUUACAACCAAAGUAUGAAGACAAUCUGUACAUGUAUCUUUAUUUUGUCAUCUUUAUUAUUUUUGGUUCAUUCUUUACUCUGAAUCUUUUUAUUGGUGUCAUCAUAGAUAACUUCAACCAACAGAAAAAGAAGUUUGGAGGUCAAGACAUUUUUAUGACAGAAGAACAGAAGAAAUACUAUAAUGCAAUGAAAAAACUGGGUUCAAAGAAACCACAAAAACCCAUACCUCGACCUGCUAACAAAUUCCAAGGAAUGGUCUUUGAUUUUGUCACCAAACAAGUCUUUGAUAUCAGCAUCAUGAUCCUCAUCUGCCUGAACAUGGUCACCAUGAUGGUGGAAACUGAUGACCAGAGUCAAGAAAUGACAAACAUUCUGUACUGGAUUAAUCUGGUGUUUAUCGUCCUGUUCACUGGAGAAUGUGUGCUGAAACUAAUCUCUCUUCGUUAUUACUAUUUCACCAUUGGAUGGAAUAUUUUUGAUUUUGUGGUGGUCAUUCUAUCCAUUGUAGGUAUGUUUCUGGCUGAGCUGAUAGAAAAAUAUUUUGUGUCCCCUACCCUGUUCCGAGUGAUCCGUCUUGCCAGGAUUGGCCGAAUCCUACGUCUGAUCAAAGGGGCAAAGGGGAUCCGCACGCUGCUCUUUGCUCUGAUGAUGUCCCUCCCUGCGUUGUUUAACAUCGGCCUCCUGCUCUUCCUGGUCAUGUUCAUCUACGCCAUCUUUGGCAUGUCCAACUUUGCCUAUGUCAAGAGGGAAGUUGGAAUUGAUGACAUGUUCAACUUUGAAACCUUUGGCAACAGCAUGAUCUGCCUGUUCCAGAUUACCACCUCUGCUGGCUGGGACGGGUUGCUAGCACCUAUUCUUAAUAGUGGACCCCCAGACUGUGACCCUGAAAAAGAUCACCCUGGAAGCUCAGUUAAGGGAGACUGUGGGAACCCAUCUGUGGGGAUUUUCUUUUUCGUCAGUUACAUCAUCAUAUCCUUUCUGGUUGUGGUGAACAUGUACAUCGCUGUCAUCCUGGAGAACUUCAGUGUUGCUACUGAAGAAAGUGCAGAGCCCCUGAGUGAGGAUGACUUUGAGAUGUUCUACGAGGUUUGGGAGAAGUUUGACCCCGAUGCUACCCAGUUUAUAGAGUUCUCCAAGCUCUCAGAUUUUGCAGCUGCCCUGGAUCCUCCUCUUCUGGUAGCAAAACCAAACAAAGUUCAGCUCAUUGCCAUGGACCUGCCCAUGGUCAGUGGAGACCGGAUCCACUGCCUCGACAUUUUAUUUGCCUUUACAAAGCGUGUUUUGGGUGAGAGUGGAGAGAUGGAUGCCCUUCGAGUACAGAUGGAAGAGCGAUUCAUGGCAUCGAACCCAUCCAAAGUCUCCUAUGAACCCAUCACCACCACUUUGAAACGCAAACAAGAGGAGGUGUCUGCUACCAUUAUCCAGAGGGCUUAUAGAUGCUACCUCUUGAGGCAAAAAGUUAAAAAGGUUUCCGCUAUAUAUAAGAAAGACAAAGAAGGUCACGGAACACCUAUCAAAGAAGAUAUCAAAGAAGAUAUCCUUAUUGAUAAACUAAAUGAGAAUUCAACUCCAGAGAAAACCGAUGUGACACCUUCUACCACGUCUCCACCUUCCUAUGAUAGUGUGACCAAACCGGAAAAGGAAAAAUUUGAAAAAGACAAAUCAGAAAAGGAAGACAAAGGGAAAGAUAUCAGGGAAAGUAAAAAGUAAAAAAGAAACAAUAUUUCUUUUGUGAUCAAUUGUUUACAGCCUGUGAUGGUGAUGUAUUAGUGUCAACAAGACUCCCACAGGAGGUCUAUGCCAAACUGACUGUUUUUACAAAUGUAUACUUAGGGUCAGUGCCUCUAACAAGACAGGGACCUCUGGUCAGCCAACUGGGACUCAACAAACCAGAAAAUCAGCAUUGACAGGAGGUUUCUGUUUUCACAACCAGCUGACACUGCUGAAGAGCAGAGAUGUAAUGGCUACUCAGACUAUAGGAACCAAUUUAAAGGGGGGGAGGGAGGUUAAAUUUUUAUGUAAAUUCAACACGUGACACUUGAUAACAGUAAUGGUCACCACUGUUUAUGUUUAACUGCCGCACCUGCCAUAUUUCUACAAAAUGUACGCUGUGAACUUAUUGCUUUUUCUUUUGUUUUAAUUCACAGGUUGUUUACUAUUAUAUGUGACUAUUUUUGUAAAUGGGUUUAUGUUUGGGGAGAGGGAUUAAAGGUAGGGAAUCUUUACAUUUCUCUACUGUAUAAUGAUAUAUUUUAAAUGAAGGCAUGCUGCACUUCUCAUUCACACAUGAAAAAAAUCACAUCACAAAAGGAAAGAGUUUACUUCUUGUUUCAGGAUGUUUUUAGAUUUUUGAGGUGCUUAAAUAGCUAUUCAUGUUUUUAAGGUGUCUCAUCCAGAAAAAUUUUAAUGUGCCUGUAAAUGUUCCAUAGAAUUCACAAGCAUUAAAGAACUGUUUUAUUUUUACAUAAUUCAUUAUAUGUACAUGUAUAUAUGUAUAUAUGUAUAUGUGCAUGUAUAUACAUAUAGAUGUAUAUACACACACCAUUACAUAGUCAUUCAGAAUCCCGGCAGCAUGACUAUAACAUUUUUGAUAAGUGCCCUUUGGCAUAAAAUAAAACUAUUCUAUCAAGUCCUUUCUAAGAACCAGAACUGACCAAAAAGCAUCCCCACCACCACUUUAUAAAGUUGAUUCUGCUUUUUCCUGCAGUAUUGUUUAGCCAUUUUCUGCUCUUGGUAAGGUUGACAGUGUAUAUGUCAAUUUAAAAAAAAAAAUAAAAGUCUGCUUUGUAAAUAGUACUUUUACCCAGUGGUGCAUGUUUGAGCAAACAAAAAUGAUGACUUAAGCACAGUAUUUAUUGCAUCAAAUAUGUACCACAGUAAGUAUAGUUUGCCAGCUUUCAACAGGUAAUAUGAUGUAACUGGUUCCAUUAUAGUUUGAAGCUGUCACUGCUGCAUGUUUAUCUCGCCUAUGCUGCUGUACCUUACUCCUUCCACUGUUCAGAAGUCUAAUAUGGGAAGCCAUAUGCCAGCGGUAAAGUGAAACCAGUUGUUCUACCAAGACCUCAUUCUUCAUGUCAUGAAGCAAUAGGCAGCAGCAAAGAAGAGCUUCUUGCUUUUUAUUCUUCCAAUCUCCAUUGAACACUCUAUGGUUAAAAAGCCCAACUGUGCAAACAUGUUGCAAGCCGCUUAAAUCUGUUGAAAAUAUAUGGUUAGAGUUUUCUAAGAAAAUAUAAAUACUGUAAAAAGUUCAUUUUAUUUUAUUUUCAGCCUUUUGUACAUAAAAUGCAAAAUUAAGAGUAUCUUCAGGUUGAUGUCACAGUCACUAUUGUUAGUUUCUGUUCCUAGCACUUUUAAAUUAAGGCACUUCACAAAAUAAGUAACAGACUAAGAUACAGUGUAGAUUUCUGCUUUUUUAUUAGUACUGUAAACUUUGCACACAAUUCAAUGUGAGAAAAAUAUCAAACUAAGUCCAACGUUUAUUUGCUUUCAAAGUAAUGCCUUAUCAUCAAAAGGCUUAAUUAAGGAAAGAUCAGUUGUUAUGCUUGGCAUUGCUUGAUCAGAUGUUUCCACAUAGUCUUUAUAUUGAGUAAAUCAUCAGUCUUUUCUAGUGUUUGUUUAUACAGGUAGAUCUUAUUCUCAUUAACCCACAUGGCAUUAUAACUGUAUCAGGUAUGGUAUGAGAUCCAAGCUUUUUCCCCCCCCACAGAAUCAGAUAGUGAAAUUAUAUUACCGGUUAUAGCAAAACAUUUUGUGUUUCUUUCACAAGCAACAUUAAAUGUAGAUUCUUUAUACUAAAGCUAUUGACUUGUAGUGUGUUGGUGAAAUGCAUGCAGGAAAAUGCUAUUACCAUAAAGAACGGUAAACCACAUUACAAUCAAGCCAAAAGAAUAAAGGUUUUGCUUUUGUUUUUGUAUUUAAUUGUUCUGUCUUUGUUUCUAUCUUUGAAAUGACAUUAAAAGGUAAAUUUCUAUCAUGUAAAAAUGAUCAAUCAGAAAAAAUUAAUGUAAAGAAUACACAUGAAAUAUAAUAAUUCAUCUUUAAUUUUUUUUUCAUGGAAUGGAAAUUAAUUAAGAAGAGUGUACUGGAUAUCUAGUUUAAAUAUAGGCCAAAAGCCUAGAUAUGGUAUUGGUUAGUGGAAAGUUAUAAAAAUUAAUAAAAAUUGACUAACAUUUUAAGUUGUGCAUCCUUUCUCCUUCCCUCUACCUACUAUUUUAUUUUAUUUUUCUCUUUUUCAUUUUAGUUUCUUCCCUAUGUAUCCUUGAUCUACUUUCCAUCUCCUCCUCGGGCUCUCAGUAUUUUUCACUCAGGAUAUCUUGUUUCUUUUCUGUUUACCAAAUUUCUUAUUUAUCACAAUCUGAACUUGUGCACUUAACCCUUAAUCUACUGCCAUUAUAAAAGUCCAUAUAGUAGCUAUUUAUUUCUACAAUUAAAUUGCCAAAAAUUCAAAGUGAGCUUAGAUCUGAAGACUUCAUAAAAUGCAAACAAAAUGACAUAGCUUUGGUUUUCACAUUUAAUUAUGAGCAGUUUAUCAAAUGCUUCUCAGGUCAGAUUGCGUAUUAUAAUUACCCAAGGCACUUUUUAAAAAUGCCAGUGCAUGAACCAAGACCAGACCACCUGAACUCGUAUUUCUGGAGAUCAGACUUAAGCACCUAAUUUUUUUAAGGCUCCUAUUGGUGCUGAUUCAGAUGAAGGAAUGAGAGUCAAUGAUUUAUGGUAUCCUUGCCCAGUAGGAAAAUAUAUUCUACAGAAAAUGCACCUGUUUCCUUUAGAGAUUAUAACUCAUAUAACUCAUCAUGUACAAAUGAGGUUACCAAUAUUAAUGGCUUUGGGGGUGUUUGUCUUGUAGUGUGACAUUGAUACAUUUAUAUUGGGGGUUCUCUUCUAGGACAGAAGUUGGUGGGAAAAGUAUUCCACAAGAAUAGUGUACAGAGCUUUACGAAUUACACAUAUAUACUCACACACAUAAUGGCACUGUAACCACCCCUCAUACAUACUGCAUGAGGUGAAUAUGGAGCUGGUUUUGGAAACAGUAUGGAUUCAUGAAAUACCCCUCCCCCACCCAGGUGAAUCCUAUGUGCCUUGUGUAAGAACCAUUAAUCUGGGCUAAUGGGAGGCAGCUUACACUCGCCAACAUAAAAUAAACAUUCACUUUGUCAUUAUCAAGUCAUGAAUUUAAACAGGAAACAUUCCCAUUCUCAAAUUAUCCAUUCUUGAACACCUCCCAUCUCACUUGUUUUCUGUAUAAUACAGGAUAAUUUACAAAGAAAAGAAAGGAGUAAAAAAAUAGGGGGGUGAAAUGGAGAGAAGGAAGAGGGAAGAAAAAUAGGGAAAAGGAGAGGAAGGUAGGAUAGUAUAAUAAAUGUGAGGGAAUGGUUUACAAAUGAUCCUCUGGGGGAAAAUAUCUUUUACUGUUAAUAUCUACAGAAACUAUGGGGGAAAGGGAUAGAAAGAGGUAAGAGGGAAAAAAUUGUGUUCAGUUGUCAAUAUAUUAAAUAGACAAUAAAACAUGUUUCUCCUCCAAUUCUUUUUAAAGAAAAAAAAAUAUCUAUGAAAAAGGUAAGAGGAUGUUAUUAAAGUAAAUGUUACAAUGAUUGCAUGGGUAGUGUUUUUGUCUUUCUUUAAUUUGAACUAAAUAAUAUUUGAGUGUCUACUACAUAAUCAGAUUUUGAAAACAGCUGAGAGAUCAAAGAUGGACUUAACUGUCCAAAGGAAGAUUGUAUAGCCAGAGGUGAAGAACCUUGAAAGUUAUGCUGAAGAGUCUGGAAUUUAUUCUGUUAUCAAUGAGCAGCGAUUAAUUGUUCUUGAGCAAUAGAAUAAGCAGUAAAAUCAAUACAUCUGUCCCUAUUUAAUCUGAAAGUAAUAGGCUGCAUUGCCCUUUUUUUGGCUAAUAGUUUACAGAGAUCUCAUUUCCCAACUAUUUUUAAAGAUGUCUGUGUUCUUACCUUUUAGUAUAUGUUUUUUUAAAAAAGAUACACCUCAAUUAAAAAAUCCAAUCUGACAUUUUCUGUUAAUAGCCUAUCUUAAUCUGCUCACAUUUAUUUUAUAUAUAGAUAUAUUUUAUCUUAUUUUUACACGUUAUUUCAUGCUGCCCCCCACCCCAAGUUUUUCUUUUCUUGGUUCCUUCCUUCUUGACCUCUUUUGCAUUAAUUUUUUCUUUAUUUUCUUUACCCCAUCUCUACUGGUUGGAAAGAUGCCACUGUCUUCCCUUUUUCCUUCUUUCCUUCCUUUUGUCUUGCUUCUCUCUGCAAGUGAUUCCCCUUAAAUUUUAACAUGCAUACUUAAUUAGUGAAAUAUAAUCAAUAACCUGGCCUGCAACAGUGAAGUUUCUAAAACAAAUUACAUACCAUUGCCCAACUCUUAGGUUAUUUUUGGUCCACUAUUUUAAUUCUACCUUAUCUGACAGUCAACAAAUUGAACAGUAUUAUGAUUGCGAAUUUGUAUAGCAGUACUUAUUUAGACUUCCUCACAUAUGAAUGAAUUUGUUUCCACAAACUUGCUUCUUCUGCCCACUUCAUUAUUUUGUGUUCUAUUUCCUUAAAAUAUAUGAGGAAUUCUAUUAGCAAGGUCUGUGAGUAGCACCACCUUUAUUUCAGCCACAUUUUUAAUAGAUUAGUUUAGAUUAUUUUGGUGUUUUUCAAUUUUUUAGCCAAGCCAUGAAAUUGCUUUUAUUAAUCAAAAUUCAUGCCAAUGUAAUUUAAAGAUUCAUAUAUUUAUUAAUAUCUUUGAUAAAAUUUGAGGGAAAUUUUCAGCUUUUAGCAUUAUAAUACUUUCUCCUCCUAUAUUUUAUUCUCUCUAUCUUGAAUUCCUGAGGAUUACAUAUUGAAAUUUCUAAAUUUUCUUCCUUGUUAUCUUAAAGUCACUCCCUUAUUUUUUAUCUUUCAAUUGUAUUUUGUAUUGGUUUCAGGUGUACAGCUUAGUGGUUAGACAAUCAUAUACGUUAACAUAGUGUUCCCUCAAUAUUUCUUCUUUUAUUUUUGGUGCUCUUUCUGGGUAAUUCAUCAGGCUUUGUUAUCAGGAUAGUCUGUCCUUAUAAAACAAGUUAGGAAAUAUUCAUUCUGAAAAGAACUUUUGUGAGAGUGGGUUUAUUUAACCCAUAUAUAUUGAUAGACUUCACUAGUAAAUCCAUCUGAUACUCGAGUCUUCCUAGGUCAAAAGUUUUUAAUUAAAGAUACUAAUUUCUUUAACAGAUACAGGGUUAUUAAGUGCUUUUUUUUUUUUUACAGUAUUUUGUUUUAAUAUUUUGCUUUCUAUUUUUAAAUGUAUAUUCAUGAAAGAAUUUGGCUUGUAAAUUUUCUUUAUUUUAAUGUGCUUGUUAGAAUUUGAUCAUAAGAUUAUGCUAACCUCUUAAAACAAGUUAGGAUGGUUUUCUCUUUUUUUGCUCUCUGGUGGAGAUUAAGAUUUUUGUUAACUUUCCUUAAUUAUUUGGAUAAUUAAUUAGUGAAGACUUCUGGGGCUGAGUUACUUUUUAGCUACAAGUUUUUAAUUAUGUUUUAAUUUUUUUAAUAAAUAAAGGACAGUACAGAUUUGCUGUUUCUUCUUGUUUCAGUUUCUAGCACAACUUUUUUAGAAAUUUACCCAUUUCCAAUAAAAUUUAAUGUUUAUUAACAUAAAGUUGCCUAUAACUUAAUAUUAUAUUUUAAAACUCUAUAGGAUCUGUAGUAAUGGCCUCUUUUUUAUUCAUAUUAUUCAUAUUUUGUGACUUCUUUUUUUACUUAUUCAAUCUUUCAAAAAAACAACUUUUGGCUUUUUAAAAAAUCAUUUCUUCAUAUGUCCUUUAAUAUUUCUUUUCUUUCCUUUAUAAUUAUCAUGUUCUUCUUCCUAUUUCUUUGGUUUUAAUUUAAAAUUAUUUUCUAAAUUAUUAAAAUUGAUUUUUAGCUUUUUUUUAAGUAAAUGUACUUAGGCUAUAAAUUUCUCUCUAAAAAUGGCUUUGAUAUCAUCCACAAACUUCUUUAAAUUUUGUUACCAUUCAAUUAAAAUAUAUUCUAAUUUCCAUUCUGACUUCUUUUUAUCUUAUUAGAAAUUAAUAAGACCACUGCUAAAUUUCCAAAUACUGAAGGAUUAAAGAUAUAUUUGUUUUUAUUUCUAAUUGGACUUCCUUUCAUUAAGAUAACGUACUCUACAUGCUUUUCAUUCAUUUUGGGUGAACUUCUUAGCUCAGCAUUUGUUGAACAUAAUAUAAUUGUUAUGUGUAGUUGAAAAUAAAGUACAUUAUUCAGUGGUUAGAUGCAAGGUUUUAUUUAAUAGGUCAAGUUUAUUAAUUAUGUCAUUCAAAAUACACCUCUACUGAAUUAUUUUGUCUGAUUGUUUUCUAUCAAUUACCUGGAAAGAUGUGUAUAAAGCACUCAUUAUGAUUAGAAUUUAUUUCUCCUUUUAUUCCUGUUAACCUUUGUUAUAUAUGUUUUUAUUUUAUUUGGUUAUUUGAUGGAUAUUAGCUGCCUAAAUUUAAAAUUGCUACAUUUUCAUAGGUUAUUCCUUUUAUCAUUAUGAAAUUGCCUCAAUUUCUAGCAACAACUGCCUGAAGUUCACUUUGUCUGAUAUUAUAUCUACAAUGGCUUUUGCUUAGAUAGUGUUAUAUGGUAUAUCUUUUUUAUUGUUUUACUUUUAAUAUUUCUGUAACAUCAUAUUCAAUAAUGAAUAUAAAUGAGUUUGUUUUGUAUACAAUCUGACCAUCUCUGUCUGACAAUCACAUACAUACAACAUAUGGAUUUAAAAUUAUAACUUCUUUGGAUUCAUUAUUUGUAUUGUCCCAUUUUAUACAUUUUGUUACUGUACAGUUUGUAGUUGCCCCAGCAAUUGCCCCAUGCUUUUGUGACUUAUUAAAUUCUAAAAUAAAUUAGUACUUUUACCAGUUGUUAUAGAUUGCUAGGACAUGAGAAUACUUUUAUUUCUCCCCUCUCAUCCUUUGUGCUAUUAUUGUCAUAUAUUUUCAUUUAAUAAAUAUUUUAAAC